GGAAGGAACAGUUUUAUCCGCUUCGUCGUCCUCUGCCUCCCUCCCUCCCUCCCUCCAUCUCAUCUCUACCCCGCUAUUCAGUUCGAUUCAAAUCAAAUAUAAAAACCCUAGAGACACAGAUAGACAUAGAGAUCGAGAUCGAGAUUGAGAUAGCGAGAAGGAUUGCGGGUUAGGUUUAGCCUUUGAGCUGAUCUACUGACUGUUUCUAUGGCUAAUAACAUCAACAUAGAAGAGGAACCGACCGUCGCCCCAAAGCCCGACGUAUGGUACGACCUCACCCUCGGUCCUUCCUUCAGUCACCACCACCCCUCUUCCAAGUUCUGCACUUUACGCUAUGAAUUUAAACCUGCUUCUGUGGAUAAGAACCGUCCCGGAUCACUCCACAAGAGGAAGGAUAAUAGGGUCACUGUGGAAUUCCAGAACAACCAACAUGGAAAGCCCAAGGUGAUGUUCGAGGGCAUCACUGAGGAUUACAAGGAAAAUGACGCUGUCUUGUUCUUUGAUGGAGAGACCUUCCGUCUGGAGCAGCUGCACCGAGCAGUUAAGCGGUUACGGUAUGUCCGUCAGCAUGGUGAGUCCGCUGCUACAUCAGUGGGACCAGCUGUUGAAUUUAAUCCUCUACCAGUCGGUAAUACAGGGAGCCACCAGUUUCCAGAGGAAAGCGCUACUCAGGUUGAAGUAGAAAAUAUCGACAUCGGCAACCCUGAAUAUUUAGGUGGAAAACCAGAGAAAGAAACUGCUGGGAGUGAGGUUGAGCCCGCUUCCACAUCCACUGCAUUGCCAGAACCCACAAAUUAUGAAUCUUCAGAGGAAAAUCUAGAUAUCAUGGGCGAUGAAGAUGAGUCUCAUCCAUUAGAUAAAGAAGAGAAUCAGUCAAGACUCGAAGUUCACAGGGGUAUUGACAUCAACCUACCACAUCAAGAUGAUGGGGAGGAAGAUGAGAUUGCUGAUGUGGACGUAAGUGAUGAUGAAGUAAAUGCAGGGUGCAAUGCUGCGGAAGCCCUUCGAGCCCAGGUUGCUGGGGAAAGAGAGGAUGGUUCUUCCGGUUCAACCACCACCACCAGCAGUAGCAGCGGCGGCGGAACAAGUAGCAGCAGUUCGAGUGAGAGUAGCAGUGGGAGUGAGUGCCAGAGCAGCGAUGAGGACUCGGUCAUUUCUGUUUAACAGUAGUGAGCUCAGGCUGUAGUUAUUAUGCAAGUAAAAGGUGGCAGUGGAGGACUCGGUCACUUCUGUUUUUAAAAGUAGUGAGCUCAGACUUUAGUUAUUAUGCAAGCGAAAUGCAGUAGUAGAUUUCCAGUUCCUUGCACAUUAAACUACCUGCACCAUCUGUCCAAAUCUAGGCUCCAUUGCACCUGCAAAGUAGUGAAUGCUGCAUAUCGGAUCUAAUUUGGAGUUACUGAUGACCUUGUAAUUACCUAUUGUGUCGUAAUGUAUCUAAACUGUGAUGUUGUGCAUUGAUUAAGUACGAUCUGUUCUAUGACGGGAAUUAUUCUGUUCA